AUGGCUAAGGCUUAUGACCGGGUAUCAUGGUUUUUCUUGACUUCGGUGAUGCGCCGCCUGGGUUUCUGUGAGGUCUGGAUAGAUAUGGUGUUCCGGGCCGUGUCUAACGUGUGGUAUUCAGUGAUUGUGAAUGGAGUCAAAGAGGGCUUUUUCACGUCUACGCGAGGUCUCAGGCAAGGGGACCCGCUGUCCCCGACUCUGUUUGUGAUUGCAGCUGAGGUCUUGUCGGUGUACAUUGCGCGGGUCUAUGAUGGCACUACGGUGCCCCGGUUUACACAGCCGCCACGGACACCACAUAUUCACCACCUGGCCUUUGCGGACGAUGUUAUUAUUUUUAGUACGGCCAGGUUGGGAGCUAUUGAGGUCGUGAUUGGGGCGUUAAAGGAGUACGAGGAGAUCUCGGGACAGUUGGUGAGCUUUCAGAAAAGUGCGUUUUACAUGCACCCUCGUACUCCGGCCCACGAGAUUGAGCAGAUUUGCCGGGCAACGGGCUGUGUGCAUAAACAGUUUCCUUUUACAUACUUGGGCUGCCUGGUGUAUAUAGGCCGUAAAAAGUGUAUCUACUUUGCCUCGGUGAUUGAUAAAGUUAAGGCUAGAUGCUUGAGUUGGCAACGCCGGCUGCUCUCGAAGGGCGGGAAGGCAAUCUUGAUCUCUUCAGUCUUGCAGGCCAUACCGUUGCACAUAUUUUCGGCCUGCGCUCCGCCUAAGCAGGUCAUACGGGAUUUGGAGAGAUGUUAUGCGAGUUUUUUCUGGAAACAGUCAGGGGGCGCCCGGUACCACUGGAGUUUGUGGAAAACCCUCUCUCGUCCUAAGAAGGAAGGGGGGGUGGGGUUCAUGGAUUUAGACUUGAUGGUAAGGGCGGCCAGUGCUAAAUUGUGGUGGAAUUUCCGGACAGAUCAUACUUUAUGGUCGGACUUUAUGAGGGCGAAAUAUUGCAGUCGGGUUCACCCGGUUGCUAAGUUGGUUCAGAAUAGAGAUUCGCACACCUGGAAGAGGAUGCUGGCGGUACGUGAUGAGGUCGAGGGGGUUCUCACUUGGCGGUUAUUCCAAGGCCGGGUUAGUUUCUGGUGGGACAACUGGUCGGGUCUGGGCCCACUUGGCAGGCUUUAUCCACACCGGGGGGUUUCCUACUCCCGGGAGUUACUUCUAGACUAUGUGCGGGAUGGCCAGCUUGAUUUGACAGACCACGAUGACUUGGCAUUUGCUGGGAUUGGGGCGGACCUGUCCCGCUUGGGGCAGGGCCCGCGUGAUAUCCCACUCUGGACCGUGGCGUCCGACGGUAUGUUUUCUUAUUCCUCUGCUAAGGCCUUUCUUAGGCCUGCUUUGCCCACUGCACCGGACCCGCUCUUAGCUAAGUGUUGGCGCAAGCACCUUCCUUUUAAGGUGUCCUUCCUGGCUUGGAGGGUGUUCCGAGGGCGGCUUCCCACGGAUGACAUCUUGGCCCGUUUCGGUCAUGCGAUCGUCUCGAGGUGUCGGUGUUGUCCAGCCCCGGUCCCCGAGUCUAUUGAUCACAUCUUUUAUUCUGGGGAAACAGCAAGAGCUGCUUGGAGAUAUGUUUUGGCGUCCCUCAGCCUCUACUUGCGACACCGGAGUCUUAGGACUUUGAUUGCAGGAUGGGGUCGGGCGGGGGCGCGUAACCCUCUUUUGUCUUUUGUUGUUUGCAGGGUGCCGUAUCUGGUGUUGUGGGAGCUGUGGAAGCACCGUAAUGGGUGCAUGUACGGCCGAGACACACCCAGCGUUGCACGGGUGAUGCAUGGGGUGGCGAAGGGGGUGGCGGAAUGCCUGUUUAGGCGUUGGCCCAUGCAGCAUAUCCUGCCCUCUAACUGGAGGACUAUUGUGGCAUACUUGGAGGCACAUGUGCCGAGGCGUGUUAUUAGGACGGUCAGGUGCUGCUUCUUUGACCUCGGAGGCAUGAACUGGUCUUGGGCUCUUUUUGGUGUCGCCUUUGCAGGCAUCUUUGGAAAAGACCAGGUCUCAACGUUGAUGCAAGCGGACUGCGUGCCAUUACUGGACUUAAGCCUGCGUGCCAUUGUUAGCUGUACAUCUCUGCUUUUGCGUGCUAUUGCUAUCUUUGAGGGCAGUCGAUAG